AUGAAGAAAACAGACCAAAUGACCAUUGACAAAUCAAUAGUUCCACCUAGUUCUACUUCCAGUGAAAGUAGACUAUUAUACAAUGCUUAUAAACCUAUUAUAAAUGAAGAGGGAACAGGUCAUCAGAUUUUGGAUAUAUCUUUGUAUUCAGGAGAUGAUCAUUCAGAAAGUCAUGAAUUUAAAGAUGAAUUGAAAACUACCUGUACCACUUCUAACAAAAAUUCUUCCAUGUUAAAACUUCAGAAUUAUAUUCAUGAGGAAGAGGUAUCACUGAAGAAUAUUUUCAAUGAUUUUGUUGAAGAAAAUACGCUAGGAAGUAUGGAUACCCUGAAACCGAUUACACAGUCAUCAAAGAACCCAAAAUAUUUUCAGUUACCUGAACAACCAGUUCAGCAUCAAGUGGUUGCUGAUCCUCAAAUAAACCUUUCAGAUCCAUUAUCAAAAGUGUUCUCAGUGCUUUCAUCUGAUGUUAAUAUGAACACACAAAGUGAAAUUCAAACAUUUGAUUUACCAAAAAUCACUUCAACUACACUUAAUACACCCUCAUCAAUAAGAUUUCCUAAGAAAAAUUCAAUAAUACUGGGAACUGAUACAGUUAUACCUGUGGAAUUUUCUUCUGAAACAAUGCAAUCUAAUUGUAUUACAUCCGAUCACAUAAAAGACCAAAAACAAGAAAACUUUCAUGAGCCAGGAGAUUCAUUUAAAGUGAAUAAAAAUCAAUCAAAUCUUUUAUUAACCCAAGAAUCUGCGAAUAAUCCAUUAGAUUUUCUUUCCAUCCACAAUAUUCAAGACAAAGAGGUUAACUCAUGGGACAGUGAUACAGAAUCUGAAUCACUUGACAGAAUGGCACAAGUUGAAGAAAUAAUGAGUCAAAAAAUUCGAGAAUAUGCAAAAGUAAGCUAUCUAUGUCGAUCUACCGGUCCUUCCACAACAUCACCACACCACAAUCCAAGUGAAGUAUUAUCAAGUAUGGAUGAAAAAAAGUUGACAAAUAAUAUUUUGCCAUUUACUGAAGUCGAUUUGAAGCAGAAUCAAAGUGAUCGGAACUCAGAGAGUUCAACAGAUAGUUCUUCUAUGAUGGUUAUAAAUAGUGAAGCAAAACUGAAACAGCUGUUCCUACAAUCUUCUAAUCAUUCAAUGCCUCUAAAUGGAAAUGGCUGUGAUGUGAAUAUAUCUGCUAAUGGUUACUGUUUAAACUCCAGAAACAAAGGAAACAACUCAUCUCUUGUCCAAGAUCCAUCGAGUGUACUUAUUAAAGAAACAGCAUACAGUAAUAAUUUAAAAGGAAUGAAUUGGGACUCUAAAUCAGAUAUUAUUAACAGUAAUAAAAGCAUAAAUUCUAGCCUAAUACAUGAAAUACAGCUGCAAAACAAUCAGGGAAUACGGUCUUCAGAAUACGCUAAUGAUAUUCAAAAUUCAAUUGAUAAACUGAAUUCUUCUAAUCAUAAAGAAUGUCAACCUUUAUCUAAUGGAAAUGAUGCACUUGUCGAUUUAGAUACAACGGAAGAAACAAGCACAAAUGAUGAGGUUGACAAUUUAUCACCGAUUACAGAGGAAGAUGAUGCUGAUGAGAUGAUGAAAGAUACAUAUGAAAUUAAGAAAAAGAAACUCAUGUUUAAUUUUAUAUCACAAGCUGUUACCAAUGGAAAAUGUAGUGAGAUGGUUCAGAAUUCAGUUACUGAAAAUUCUGAUAUUAAAGACGCUACACUUUCAACAACAUUAGAAAAACAUUUGUCAACAAUGAAUGGAAUACCAACAUUAACUGAUCAUUUCAUUCUGUUAUCAUUAAAAGAUCAAAAAACAAAUUAUUCAAUGAAAAAUGAUCAAACAUUAGAUAAUUUAGAGUUGAAUUCUAUGCAAAGAUUAAUUCAUGAAUUAAGUGAUUUUCUACCAAAUAGUUUAAUACAAAAUAACCUGAGAAAUAAUGAUGUUAAAAUGUUUAGAUUAAAUGAUGAAGGGAAUAAAAAUCAAAGUAAUAUUUUAUCUGAAAAACAAUGUGAAAAAUUCAGUUCAAAUUUCAAGGCAAGUUCACCAAGAGUAUUAUCUAUAAGAUCACCGAAAGCAAGUGAAAAACAAUUUUUGCAUUUACAACAAUCUCAUCUUGUUGGACCAUAUGUUGUUGAUAAUCGUAGAAGAACUGUAUGUACAUCAGUUAUUGUUGAACCAGACUCGAAAAUCACUACCAAAGCGAUAACAUUGGAUACUACAGUAGAAGAUACCGAUUCAAUUAGUUUGAAUACAAAUUUAGAACCUGGUAACCAACUCAUAGAGUUAACACAAACAAAAUCAAUUGAGAGGAAUGAAGCACCAUACAGCAUGAAGAAAAUUUCAGACAAUGCUGCUGUAUCAAUGAUUAACUCUAUGCAACAUCAUGAAUGUAAUGAAGAGAAGUCAGAGAAAUUUCUUAAUCAAUGUACCAGUGUUUUAAGUCAAGAAUGUGCAAAAAUUGAGCAACAACCAGAUUCAGUAUCAUCUAUUGACGUCUUAAGAGCACGACUAUUGCAGGCACUUCAAGCUUUACAGAAAGAACAUACUGCAUAUGAAGAGUUGGAAGCAGUAAGAGAUGCAUGUGAAGCACGCAUAAGAGAAAUGAAUUUACAGAAUAUUAAUCUUUUAUCUCAUAUGUGUACUGAUCAAAAAGCAAAUGACGUAAUCAGUACAAACGAAAUUGCAAUGAAUGUGGAAUUGCGUAACCAACUAGAUAGAUUAAAAUUUGAACUGAUCGAGAAGAAAGAGCAAAGUGAAUAUUUCGAGAGAGAGUUGAAAAAUAUUAAUGAAUAUUAUUGUAAACUAAAUGAUCAGUUGAUCAAAUCUGAGAAUGAAAAAGAGGAUUUGAUGAUUCAAGUCAACCAAUUGAUGCAUCGUUUAAAAUAUUACAAUCAGAAAACACUAAGAGAUGAACCUAGUGUUAGUAAAAGUACACCGAAGAAUGAGAUGCAAUUCGCACUACACUUAAUGACUACUUCUGACUAA